CGGUGAUAAAAAUCCUGCUCCUUUCUCUUUCCACACCUGCCAGCGUGUAAGCAGUUUAUUUUAUUCCCUAUAGCGCUCGGAUAGGCUAUCGCCCUCCAGGAACUGAAAUUUGCAAGAUGGCUACAAUCGACCUUUGCAUGCUCAACACGACAGUUGACAUCGCAACAAAGGUGCCCGAGGGCUACAAGCUGAACUGGUUUGAGAGCUGGUGGCUCUCGCUGUUUGACGGCCGCAACGAGCUGCUUACGUUCACGCUGAUUGCAUUCACGAUGCACGAGCUCGUCUACUUUGGACGGUACCUGCCGUUCCUGCUGUGCGACUACAUCCCGACAAUGCGCAAAUACAAGAUCCAGGAUAACAAGGAGGUGACAUCGGCGAUGAAGCUCAAGUGCAUCAAGAGCCUGCUGUUCUCGCACUUUGUGAUCGAGGGGCCGCUCAUGCUGGCGUUCCUGCCGGUAGCCAAGCUGGCAGGAAUCCGGACCACUGAGGUGCCGCUGCCGGGCUGGCAGGAGAUGGCGAUCCAGAUCGCGGUGUUUUUCGUGAUGGAGGACUUUUGGCAUUACUGGAUCCACCGGCUGUUCCACUGGGGCCCGCUGUACCGCGGCGUACACAAGGUGCACCACGAAUUCAGUGCGCCGUUCGGCAUGGCUGCCGAACCUAUCAUCUUUGGCCAGGGCACGAUCGGCAGCCCAGUUCUCUACUGCAACUUUGUCGGCAGCGUGCAUUCGGUUACUAUGUUUGCGUGGAUUGCGCUGCGGCUGUUCCAGGCCAUUGACGCGCACUCGGGCUACGACUUCCCGUGGUCGCUGCACAACUUUAUGCCAUUCUGGGCAGGCGCCGACCACCACGACUACCACCACAUGGCAUUCGUCAACAAUUUCUCGUCGUCGUUCCGCUGGUGGGACACGAUCUUUGGGACCGACAGCAGGUACCAUGCCCACAAGGCGCGCCAGGCCAAGGCUGCCUGAGGCGAAGAAGGCAAACUAGGCGGCGGCCAUGCGCCGGACGUGCUCGUCCCGCCCAAACCCUAAAUCACUAGAUAUCUUAAUUUCUUCUCUUUUCCAACCCGCGAUCAACCAACCA